CAGCAUCACAACUCCCACCAACUCCACUCAUCGCCAUGUCUUCGUAUUCCAGUGCUGAAGACGCCUACGAUUCCGACGAGCCGCCUGAGCUCGACCUGGACCUCACCAAGCUCGUAGAUCGUGCCAGCCUCGUCCUCGGCGUCAAGUGCAUCAGCGCGAAAAAGCUCACCCGAGGCGCCAGCCAUGAGAUCUUCACGCUCCGGUUCGAGGAGUCCCCCGCAGCACCAGAAUCCCUCGCAAAAGCUGGGUUUCUGUGCAUCGCACGGUUCGCGCGUGUGAAUGGCGAUGUGGCUAAAUCCGUCAGUGAGAUAGCCACGGCGAGAUAUCUCCGGCGCUUCACCGACAUACCCGUGCCCGAAAUUUACUAUCACGACCUGGACCCCGGGAACGACAUCGGCGCGCCAUUCGUGCUCAUGGAGAAGAUGCCCGGCCGUCACCUUCACAAAAUGUGGGACGGCCUUUCGCGAGAGGACAAGAAGUCGGCCCUCUCGCAGAUUGCCUCGGUCGUUGCGAAGCUCGCUUCCCUCCAGUUCGACCAGAUCGGGUCCCUGAACGAGCAUGGGGUCGGGCCCCUCGUCAGCCCCUGUUUUGAGCAGCCGAAGGGCCCAUUCCGGUCAACAGAUGAAUAUCUGCGAUCCUUCAUCUCCACUGAGUCGGUUGAGUCCUCAGCGCUGAGAGCCCUCUUCCAAGAAGCGCAGCAAGAAAUCGGGGCUUUCCUUGCUCGGAACAGCCAGGCCACCUACCUGCAACCGCCCUUCUGUCUGAUCCACGCCGAUUUCGACGGACAAAACAUGCUCUUCCUCGAACCAGCGGAUGGCUCAGGACCCAAACUCGCCGGUCUGAUCGACUUUGAAUAUGCCCACACGGGACCUCUCUACUUCUUGUACGAGUACCCGAUCUUCAUCCAGGACGUGUCCUGGUCCAAGGAGCUUUACGCCGAGAAUGCCGUUCUGCGUGCCCAUUUCGUCCGGGCGAUUUACCAGGCACUGCCCAGUUCCGAGGCGCAGUCAACCUUCAUUGCAGCCAUGAAUGACAAGAGCUUCGCUCUGAACGGCUUUCGGGACUCGUUUAUGAGACUCAAAUGUUCCGAGAAGACACUGAUCAAUUCCACCGCUGCCUACAUACAAGAGCUCAGGGACGGGACGGGACUCGCGUACUCCGGCAGACUCGACUACACUCCCGAGCGCUACACUGAGAGAGGAGAGCUGGUGUCUGCUGAUACCGCCACGCAAGCAGGAAGCCCAUUAAACGGAUCUGGCCAUCAAAUGCCGCUGGAGGCCUCGCAAUCCACCGAUUCUUCGGCACGGUAGACGGAGCAACCGCAUCUGCUUGACAAGGGGACGGAGGUCGUCCGGGCUGGCUCUUCGCGGUGUCGACCUGUAUUCACUGUUUCCCCUUCCGUCAGAUUGUCGAACAGCUUGAGUACCUCCAGAACCCAACUUACGCUCAGAUCGCAUCGGUUACAGUUGACACCUUCCUCAUACUCCGUGCCGCAUCUCUCGCAUGGCUCUGUCUUCAGCUGCACCCAUUCUUUGUGACCGUUUUGCGCAAGU